AUGAUUCUCCUGAAAGCACUGGCGUGCUUGCUCAUCCUGCUCGCAACGUGUGUCUUCUAUACCGACGCGUGGAUAUUGUCAGGCCCAGAGCCGAAACGAAAGCGAAUUCCCUAUCGUGUGUAUCUGGAUCAUCUCGACCCGUCCAAACUAAUUAUCAACGACGAAUCAUCAUCGCCUUCGUUCCGAAGCGAAAUCGCCGAUGGCAAACACAAGAACAGUUGCCGGAAGCUGGAUCUCUCGUGGACACACAAUGACGUUCUCUGGAAAAUCCGACCGCCACCGGAGACGCCGUGGUACCAGCACAUCCUGUUGCGAUUCGCCGCCAACGGCAUUCGCCUGGAUUGCGCACUCAAAGGAGCGCCCGAGCCGUUAUUGCUGUGUCCUAAAGGAGGGCAGGCCGUGCUGGAAGCUUGGACGAAAGACGGUAGUACCAAAGUCGGACGCUUUGGUAUUACAACCGAACCCGGACCGCUGACUCCACCCAUUCAAGAAACUGUCCAGACUAUCUACGGUCUAGACGCAAACGUUGCUGUACGGACAGCCGCUAUCAUUUACAUGUUCGUCGAAGAAGACUUUCGAAAGAGAGAUAUCGGGGUAUUGGCGUUGCAGGUCAUUUCGCUUAUUCAUGCCUACCAAGGAUGCGACUUUACGGUACUGGUCGCCGAUGACAAGGGUAGUGGCAGACUGAUAGAGUGGUACGGACGAAAUGGCUUUGCAUUGGCGCCAAAUCUACAAGACAUCAUGGGCAGUCCUGAUAGAAUCUAUGGUACUACCAUGAUCGGACCGACCAACCAGACGCUGCCCUACGACUGUCAAAUCAAGUGGUGGUAA